GUCGCAGAUUGAUGAUGUCACUUAAUGCUGACGCUAUUCUUCGUCUAUCUACGGUUAGUCAGAGUGCGGUGAUAUAAUUACAAAUAUAUUCAAAAUGAGUACUAUGUUCGCAGAUACAAUACUUAUCGUCUUCAUAUCUGUUUGCACUGCGUUGUUGGCUGAAGGUAUAACAUGGGUGUUAGUAUACCGCACAGACAAGUACAAGAGGCUCAAGGCUGAAGUAGAAAAGCAAAGCAAAAAGCUGGAGAAGAAGAAGGAGACGAUUACAGAGUCUGCUGGGCGUCAACAAAAGAAAAAAAUAGAGAGGCAGGAGGAAAAACUCAAGAACAACAAUCGAGACUUGUCAAUGGUACGAAUGAAGUCCAUGUUUGCCAUUGGUUUCUGCUUUACAGCAUUAAUGGGCAUGUUCAAUUCCAUCUUUGAUGGGCGAGUUGUAGCGAAGCUGCCAUUUGUUCCCCUGUCUUACAUCCAAGGCCUUUCCCACCGCAAUCUUCUGGGUGAAGAUUACACUGACUGCUCUUUCAUCUUCCUUUAUAUCCUGUGCACCAUGUCUAUUAGACAGAACAUCCAGAAGAUGCUGGGUCUGGCUCCAUCUCGUGCUGCCACCAAACAAGCUGGAGGGUUUUUGGGACCCCCUCCACAAGCUGCCAAGUUCUCAUAAACUCAUUAGACAAUAUGAAUUAUCUCUCCUUUUUUUUGGUUGCAAAAAUGCUUUGGAAAGACUCGAUGCAACCAAACACACUCGACAAAAGAGAAAACAAUAUUUAAAUGCAGCCGCUACCACUGCUUGUGGUGACCUCACUGUAUUUUUUUUUUUUCUUAGAUUUGACCUAAUUUUAUUCAAGCUCUAAAUAACUAAAAUGGUUCAACACUGGCAAAUACCUUUUUCUUUACCUUAAGUUGUGUUGACAAAUUAACCCCCCCCCACCCCCAUACAGUUUCAAAGAAGAGUAGCUAAAAAUAGACUAUUAAAUGAUAUCAUAAAGGAACAACUGGGCCACCUGCUCUUAUCAAAAGCAGGGAAAUAGAGCGUGCAUUUAAAAUACUUUGAUAUUGUUAUUUUUGUUUAUUUUAAAGUCUCCUUUAUAGGAAAUUUUGAGAAAUAUUCACCAGAGACUUUUCAAAUGUAAAUUCUAAGGGUGCUGUAUUAAAAUAGAACAGUAUUAGAAAUAAUUUUCUUUUUCUGAAAGUUGACAUUUUAAAUGCCAUGUACAGUUUUCUAAAAUACUAAAAAUUAUUUACCAACUAUUAAAAGCAGUCUCCUUGCUUUUAAAAGAAGCUCACUGGCUCAGUGUUGGACUCCACAGACUAUAUAUGUUAUUCAAUUUUCUUGCCUCCCAAAACAUGUAGCAGGUAUUGUCUGCACUUCCUGGCUCAUGUUAGACAUUGGGUCCCCAAGGACCAGUUUGUGGAACACUUUAUUAGUUGAUCCCAUAGGCUUUGAUUUAUAUAUUGAUAUUUGAUAUAUCAAAUAUUUGAUAUUAUUUCAAAUUGCAUUCUACAGAUAGGAAGGAGUUUUCACCUAAGUAAAUCACCAGAUGUUGUUUUCAUUUUAAUUUGAGUACUUUGGUUAUGUAAUUCUAAUUCCUGUUUCUAUGGGUCACUACAUAACUGCACUACAUAAUGAUCAGAAUGUUAGCAUGCUCUUUUACUAUAGUUUCUAGAUUAGUGACCUGAGAAACUGGUGUUCUCCAUGUCUGUGUUCUUUCUUCUUCUUUUUUUUUCAUAAAUGUAAGAGUAAUUAUUGGUUAGGACUUUAUUUAUCCAUACCUGUGAACAUGUUGACUAGAAUAAAAGAGAUUAAAUUGUA